AUGGGCCGCUCACCAAAUGGUUAUAGGAGAGAUGAAGACCGCCGCCGCGAUGGUCGAAGUCAUCGUCGGUCACCAAGCCGUGAUGUAAGAGCACACUCGCCGAACUCAUACAGGACAGACUUUGACCACAAUCAGCGCCGCGAGGAUCGAGAUGGACGAGGAGCACGCCGGGACAGAAGUCGGGACCGCGACAGCGGACGUGGAGAGGAUCGAGGCGACUCGCGAUAUCAUGACCGGCCGAAGGAGCGUCACCGAGACAGCGACCGUGACCGGUACGAUUCCAGGCGCGGCGAACGCAGAAGCAGGGACUAUUCCCCGAAGAUGGCAGCCGUAAAGGCCGAAGAGGAAAAGCGAACCGCAGCAGAGAAGGCUUUACAGGAAGAACGACGCGCCAAACUCGAAGCAUGGAAGAAAGACGUAUUGGCGAAGAAGAUGGCCAAAGCGACUUCCGACGCUGGCGGAUCCUCUAUUCCAGCAUCGCCAGCUCCCGAUUCGCCCGCUCCGUCAAACCCAGCUACAGUGGAAGAGGCCCCUCCUGCACCGGUUCCACAGCUCGAAGCUAAGCCACGAUUAAAGUUUGAUCCCAAGGAAAUCAAGCGUCGUACUGAGGUCAAGAUGGCCAAAAUGAGAGGCGAUGCCUCUACACUGGAUGCGGGAGCUGUUCCAGCGAUGAAAAAUGGAGCCGCGUCUAUGGGACGCAUUCCUGAUCAGCCUGUUAAGGGAAACCAACAUCCGCCAUCAGCCAAAUCAGGAGCACUCGUCGGUGAUGUGAAGAUGAGCGGAUUCGGCUUGAACAAGGGCGCCGCAGAGAAAACCGCUGCCGCUAUGCGUAACGCAACUACUUUCGACGACGAAGAGGAAGACCAUCGAAAGCUUAAGAAGCUCUCGCAGCUCCCUGAAGUUGAGUCUGCUGGCGACGCAAUGUAUGCUAAUGAUGACGAGAAUGAUCAAGACGAGCAGACCGCCAUCUCCGGUGACCUCAGCGAGGAAGCCGAGGCGAAGGCUGCAAGAAAGGCGGCUCGAAGACGUGCGAAGCAGGCACAAAAGGAGCAAAAUGACAUUACGAUGGGCAAUACCGAAGACACGGCGACGACCGUUGCUGUAACGGUUGCGCGAGACAGCCAGGCGGACAAAAUGGACGAAGACGAGGAGAUGGACCCCCUCGAAGCCUUCAUGAGCAAUCUGGACCAGGUUGAAGCUCCCCGUGAGAUCAAAGGUGGCAAGCGCGUCAAUCAAGAAUUCAGUCUGGACGACGGUCCGGACUUCGAUGCAGUCGGCGACGAUACCGAAGACUUGUUGCUGAAUCCUAGGCACAAGCGGAAGGAAGUACCCAACACGGAUCACAGCAAGGUGAAUUACGAGGAGAUUCGCAAGAAGUUCUAUGCCGAGUCGGCUGAAAUCGCCGACAUGACCACAGAGGACGUCGAGAAGAUGCGAGCGGAACUGGACAACAUUACCGUGCAUGGUGUCGACAUCCCCAAGCCGAUAACCAAAUGGUCGCAAUGUGGAUUUCCAGCACAGGUCAUCGAGGUUAUCAACGAGCAGAAGUUUGAGAAUCCUACGGCAAUUCAGUCGCAGGCUCUUCCCGCGCUCAUGUCCGGCCGUGACACGAUUGGUAUUGCCAAGACUGGAUCCGGCAAGACUCUGGCCUUCAUUCUGCCCAUGUUCAGGCACAUCAAGGAUCAGCGUCCCGUCGCAAACCUGGAAGGCCCAAUCGGGCUGAUCAUGGCCCCGACUCGAGAGCUUGCAGUUCAGAUCCAUCGUGAGUGCAAACCAUACCUCAAAGCACUGGGUCUUCGUGGAGUUUGUGCCUACGGCGGUGCGCCAAUUAAGGAGCAAAUCGGUGAGCUGAAGCGCGGAGCUGAAGUCAUUGUAUGCACGCCUGGCCGUAUGAUCGAUCUCCUCGCUGCCAACUCCGGGCGCGUGACGAACUUGCGCCGAGUGAGCUACGUGGUGUUGGAUGAAGCCGACCGCAUGUUCGACAUGGGUUUCGAACCACAAAUCACCAAGAUGCUGGGCAAUAUUCGACCAGAUCGUCAAACGGUGCUAUUUUCUGCCACGUUCCCAAAGAAAAUGGAAUCUCUCGCGCGCAAAGCUUUGACGAAGCCUGUCGAGAUUCUCGUGGGUGGCCGAAGUGUUGUCGCGCCUGAGAUCACUCAAAUGAUCGAAGUCCGACCAGAAGAGACGAAGUUUGUUCGCACAUUGCAACUGCUUGGUGAUCUGAUUGAAGGAGAUGAAGAAGCUCGCUCUUUGAUAUUCGUCGAGAGGCAGGAGACUGCUGACCUGAUCUUCAAGCAGCUUGGCAAGAAAGGCUACCCAAGCGUGUCAGUUCACGGUGGCCGCGAACAAAUCGAUCGUGACCAAGCGAUCAUUGACUUCAAGGCUGGCAUCUUUCCCAUCAUGGUGGCAACUUCGGUCGCGGCUCGUGGCUUGGACGUGAAGCAGCUGAAGCUUGUGAUCAACUACGAUUGUCCCAACCACGGAGAGGACUAUGUUCAUCGAGCUGGUCGUACAGGUCGUGCUGGAAAUACAGGCACCGCAGUGACCUUUGUCACUCCAGCCCAAGAGCGGUACGCUGGUUUCCUCGUCCGCGCACUCGAGGACAGCAAGCAAGAAGUUCCAGACGAGCUCAGAGAAAUGGCCAAAGUCUACAAGGAAAAGGUCGCCAGCGGAGAGGCAUCCUUUCACAGCUCGGGUUUCGGAGGUCACGGUGUCGAGCGCUACGAUGCUGCACGCGCGGCAGAGCGUGCGCGUGAGAAGAAGAUAUACAAGACCGGUGAUGAGCCAGAAGAUGAGGAAGACGUCAAGGACAAAAAGAGCAAGGAGUCCGAGGUGGAUAAGCUGUUGGCCAAGGCUGCAGGCGGCGUCAAAGCUACCGACAUGGCCGCUGCGGAAGAACCUACAGCACCACCUGCCGGCGUUGCCUCCUUGCGCUCGGAUCUCGCUGCCCAUCUCGAUCGCGCCAUGAAGGUCGAGAAAGUCGAGGCCGCUCCCGCAUCCUCCACGUCCGCAAUCAACGAUCCACUAGCCAAAGCCGCCGCUGCUGCUGCCAGCAUCAACAACAGACUAGGCACCAAAGGCACGCGACCGGGCGCACCGCCCGAGAACCGCGGCCCUGACGCCGGCGCCUUUCAUGCGACCCUCGAGAUCAAUGACUUUCCGCAAAAAGCUCGCUGGGCCGUCACCAACCGUAGCAAUGUGGCCAAGAUCCUCGAGGCGACGGGAACAUCGAUCACGACGAAAGGGUCGUACCAGGAUCCGAGCAAACCUGUGCCAGAGGGGCAGAGCAAGCUGUUCAUUCUGGUGGAGGGCGAUACUGAGAUUGUGGUGUCUUCGGCGAUGAAGAUGUUGACGGAGAAGCUGAGGGAGGGGAUGUUGAUUGCGCAGGAGAAUGAGGCGAGAGGUGGAGGUGGAGGUGGACGGUAUCGUGUUGUGUAG